AUGCCAUCGAUUUUCAGCGUCUAUUGCUAUACAAUCAACGGGCUCGCUGUGUUCUUCAACAUUUUUCUGCUUCUCAUUUCGACACGAAAGAGUGUUGAAGCGAUUCGGGAGCUUCGCUAUUUCCUAUCAAACGUUGCCGUGUGCCUUGUCGUCUUUGCCGCAUGCGUCGGUUCACUUCAACCGCAAAUGGCCACGAGAGGCUCGAUGAACAUCAGAAUCAUUCAUGGACCGGCGAGAUAUCUCGCAGAAUCGUCGAUCAAGUUUCUAGCGUCCAUCGCCGUCGUCGCCUAUCUCUACAGUUCCCUCUCGUUCGCCUUGUUCUUCGUCUACCGCCUAAUGAUUCUCUCAAAUAGCUCGUUAUUCGGCCAAUACUUCAAUCGUCGAACCCUUCUAAUCGCCUUCAUCGUUCUUUUUAUAAUCUGCUGCUUCGAGGGAAUUAUCCUUUACUUUGCCGCCGUCCCCUAUAACGACCUCUAUGAGCGUCUGAAUCGGUCCAACACGAUUCUGGAGAGCUCGCAGAAUGACACCAAACCGCCACUCGCGAUUCAGUCCAGCUUAAUCUCUAAUCACACCAUUAUUGAGCCAGAGAUACGACCUUCCUUAUUUGGCGACGAUUUCAACAAGAACCCAUUGAUUCUAAUAUUUCAUGGAAGUGUGACUUUCGUCGAAAUGCUCUCGUUCGUGAUCACCCUGGUCUGCGCCCAUUUCAUGCUUAAAAUUCUUAAAAGGAAGCAGGGCGUCAUGUCUCAAGACAUGUACCUUGAAAAUGAAGCGAUCGUGCACACGGUGUUCGCGCAAGCAUUUGUGCCAUUCUUCCUCUCAACACCCAUCGCCGUCUCCACCCUAUUGGCGUAUAUCUAUGGCAACAGUUUGGUGUGGCAAGAGUACAUCCCAACGUAUCUCAUCUCGCUCGUCCCGCUCAUCACUCCGAUUCUGUCGCUCGUCUUCAUAACGCCCUACUGGAACACAAUACUUCAUUGGAUAUCCUUCGAGAAGUUCCGAAGUCAUCAAGAGGAAGCUGUUAAGAAGGCCGCCACAGCGGAUACUUGA